AUGAUAGAUAGUGACAUUUCAUCCAUAAUGUCAGGAAUUAUUCGGAACUCCGGGCCAAACCACCACCCCUCUCCCCAGGAAUACAGGCUCCCAGCCACCUCCAGUGACGAUGACCUGCCCGGAGAUCUGCAGUCGCUGUCGUGGCUCACGGCCGUUAAUGUCCCGCGGCUGCAGCAGAUGGCAAGUGGCCGUGUGGACGUGGGUGGCCCCGGUGCCCCCUGCCCACAUCCAGGUGCCUUGGCGGGGGCAGCUGACCUGCACCUGGGAGCCACCGUGAGUCCCCUGCUCCAUGGAGCUGCUGGUAUGGCAUCCCCAGGCAUCCUGGGCCUGGGCCCCCUGGCUAACCACGGAGCCAGUAUGAGCUCGUUUCCGGUGGGAGGCCGAGCGUCCGCGGGUCUGCAUGAGCCGCAGCUUUACCCACCAGCCUCACAGCAGCACUUCCCACUCCCCCAGGACCAGCAGUGCCCCACCGCCAGCCUGUACGGUUCCCCAUUUGGGGCACGGCCUGCCUACCCCCAGGCCCGGGUGGCCAUGCACUCGACUCAGGAAUUGCACCCCAAACACUACCCCAAGCCCAUCUAUUCUUACAGCUGCCUCAUUGCCAUGGCUCUGAAGAACAGCAAGACAGGGAGCCUGCCUGUGAGUGAGAUCUACAGCUUCAUGAAGGAGCACUUCCCCUACUUUAAGACGGCGCCUGACGGCUGGAAGAACUCAGUGCGUCACAACCUGUCCCUGAACAAGUGCUUCGAGAAGGUGGAGAACAAGAUGAGCGGCUCCUCGCGCAAAGGGUGCCUGUGGGCCCUGAACCUGGCCCGCAUCGACAAGAUGGAGGAGGAGAUGCACAAGUGGAAGAGGAAGGACCUGGCCGCCAUCCACCGGAGCAUGGCCAACCCUGAGGAACUGGACAAGCUGAUCUCCGACCGGCCAGAGAGCUGCCGGCGCCCCGGGAAGCUGGGAGAGCCAGAGACCUCCAUGCUGACCACGGUGGCCAUGGCCCAUGGCUGUCUGGCUGUCUCCCAGCUCCCGCCCCAGCCCCUGAUGACCCUGUCCCUGCAGUCUGUCCCCCUCCACCACCAGCCCCAGCCCCAGGCCCACCUGGGCCCUGACUCCCCGGCCCCAGCCCAGACCCCUCCCCUGCGCGUCCUGCCCGACCACCUGAGCCCAAGCCCCCUAGCCCACCCGGCAGUGGCGAGGGCUCCGGUGGACUUCAUCAACAUCUCCACCGACGUGACCCCCGAGGUGGACGCCCUGGAUCCCAGCAUCAUGGACUUCGCUCUGCAGGGAAACCUCUGGGAGGAAAUGAAGGAUGAGGGCUUCAGCCUGGAUGCCCUGGGGACCUUCGGAGACUCCCCACUUGACUGUGACAUGGGGGGCCCGGGCCUGACCUCUGUCUCCGGCGGUAGUGACCAGUCCUUUUCAGACUUGCAAGUGACAGGUCUCUAUGCUGCAUACUCUGCCCCAGACAGCGUGGCCUCCUCAGCCUCCACCACCUCAUCCCAGUACCUGGGCACCCCAGGGAACAAGCCCAUCGCCCUGCUGUAA